AUGCCACAAUUUGACGACGACGAUCUUGAAGAUUACCAGAACUAUUCUGCAGAAGAAGAGGCUUUCAACGAGGAGGCUUUGGACGAUGCAGAGUACGAUAAGCUCUACGCACUGUUGCCAAUUCUCAAGCAACAGGUUGCGGACUAUAAUGACGAAAUGGACGAAUUAGACAUGAAGGAGGCACUCUACUAUAACUAUUACGCUGUAGAAGAAGCAGUUAAAGAGUUAAAGGAGAAGUACCCCAAGAAAAAAGUCAAGAAGGUAGUUGAAAAUUUCAAAGUACCCAGUCCUGACCAAAAGAUCUUGGAUGCUCAAAAGGCUGCAUUUGAAGAAAAUAUGGGUGGAUUGUCAUUGGAUGCAGCAGCUGAGAAACAAAAGGAGGAAAAGGAAGGAAAGGAAAAAGUUCCCAAGGCAACGAAGCCAUUUAAGAAAACAAACAUUCAAUCUAUUUUGGCUUCGGCUCAUCAUUCCAAGCCUCAUAAAUCGUUUGUGGUGAUUGGACACGUAGAUGCUGGGAAGUCGACUCUUUUAGGUAGAUUACUCUACGACGUUGGGGCUGUAGAUGCCAAGACUCUCAACAAGCUUACCAGAGAAGCUGAAAAGGCUGGUAAAGGUUCAUUUGCUCUUGCAUGGGUCAUGGAUCAAACUUCAGAAGAACGUUCUCGUGGAGUUACCGUUGAUAUGGUUGCUACAAACUUUGAAACUGCUACAUCCAGAUAUACAGCCAUUGAUGCUCCUGGUCAUCGUGAUUUUGUUCCACAAAUGAUCAACGGUGUAUCACAGGCUAGUUAUGCGUUGGUAGUGGUUGAUUCGGUUACAGGAGAAUUCGAGAGUGGUCUUUUGGAUGGACAAACUAGAGAACAUGCCUUGUUAGCCAAGAACUUGGGAGUUGAACGUGUUUGUGUAGUGGUCAAUAAGAUGGACAGAGAAGAAUGGUCUGAAAGUCGAUAUCAUACCAUUCAAGAACAAAUGACUACCUUCUUGACUGAAAAUGUCGGAUUUGAAACCAAUCAAAUCGAUUUCAUUCCUCUUAGUGGUCUUCUGGGUAACAAUUUAGUUAAGAGAGACUCGCUGAUUAAACAAUUCGAUUGGUAUAAGGGUCAAACUUUAGUUGGCUGGUUGGAUUCUUUAGAUGGUGGUAUUACCCAUGAAGAUUCUGCUGAAUUUUGCCUCUCAAUUAAUGAUAUCUAUGAACCUACUGCAAAUGAAUUACAAUUGUCUGGGAAAGUUCUUUCUGGUACCAUUCAACCAGGCCAAACUAUAAUGGUAGCACCUGCUAGAGAAUAUCUUCAAAUCCAAUCCAUUAAUGUAAAUGAAAAGGCUGUAGAUGUUGCCUUUUCAGGAGAAAUCGCCGCUUUGAAGUUCAAAACAUCUCAAACAAGUGCAAUUGCUAUUUCUGGUGACUUGGCAGUAUCUCUCUCGAGUUCAGUACAAUCCACCGAUAAAUUCACUACUGAAGUCAGACUUUUCGACAUGACCAAGCCUUUGCUUGUUGGUACACCAUUUGUUCUUUUCCGUAACAAUUGUCAUACACCAGCCAGAAUUACUAAAAUUGUUGAAGUUUUGGACUCCAAGAAAAAGAAGAAGAUGCAUCUAGUUUCUAAACAAUCUGCAGUAGUUGAGAUUCAAUGUGAUAGAGCUAUCACUAUGACUACUUUUGAUGUUGAUCCAGUGCUCGGAAGAGUUGUAUUGAGAAGGGAAGGUACUACAAUUGGUGCAGGUAAAAUUACCAAGAUAUAGAUAUAGACAAAGGUAAUAUAA